AUGGGGAAAUUGCCAAUUCUCUUGGAUGAAAAAGAGGUCAGCGAUGCCUUCUCCAUUUCCCAACUCCAAAUGGAGGAGAUGAUCAUUUGGGAUCCCGAACAGAGAAAGACUACAAAAGAUCGCCAGUCUCUCGUUACCCAACGUGAAACAUACGCUAUACUGGAGGAUAUCUUCGGAUUACAGAUUUUGAAGCCCCCUUCAACUGGUACCAAUCGAAUCGCUUAUUUCGAAGAAAUAUCAGAAUCAAGCACGGUUGUAUUGAAGCUGGGUGGAGAGGUUAUACUUUUGCAAACACUUGAGGAACACCUGCCAGGCCUGGUAGAAAACGUCAGCAAAAUGGACUGCUCCUCAAGUCUUCCUAAAGCUUAUUCUAUCUAUGGAGAGUCGAAACAGUGA